UCCGGGUUGGGACCAGUAACCAACAGUAAACACGGAGAUUCUCUACCAAUUACUAUCACAACGGAGGACAAUUGGUAUGUUGAACCUUACGCCACCCUGAAUAAUAUAACAAGGUACUUCUCUGAUACGGCAGCAUUGACAUGGAAGGCGAGAAGAAGGGGAAGGAUGACGGUAAAUCUCCUAAGAAGCCAGAGGCCAAGGAAGAGGGAGCACAGGGAGGACAGACUGGAGGAGCAAUAGAUGCACUUGCAGCAGGAUUGAGCAACUAUUUCUCCAGCGCUGUCAAGUUGGAUGAUGUGGAGAAAGUUCUGAGUGAGGUGAGCUUCGAGGGCGUGGCCAAGUAUCUGAAGAGUGACAAGUGCACCAACAUCAUCACCAUGGCAGGAGCUGGGAUAUCAACAUCGGCAGGCAUUCCAGACUUUCGGUCCCCAGGAAGCGGCCUGUAUGACAACCUCCAGAAAUACAACCUGCCAGACCCAAUGGCCAUUUUCAACAUACAAUAUUUUACAGAGAACCCAGAACCAUUUUGUCACCUUGCCAAAGAACUGUGGCCAGGACAUUUCAAGCCAACACCCUGCCACUACUUUGUGAAACAGCUCCAUGACAAGGGGAAGCUACUCCGUCAUUACACGCAGAAUAUUGAUACACUGGAGCAUUACACAGGCCUCCCCGCGGACAAGAUUGUGGAGGCUCAUGGGACAUUUCGUACUUCCCACUGUCUCAAAUGUGCAAAGGAAUUCUCACAGGACUGGAUCAAAGAGAAGAUAUUUGCCGAGGAGACGCCCACCUGUGAUGCUGAGGGCUGUGCUGGACUGGUCAAACCAGAUAUUGUUUUCUUUGGUGAAAAGUUGCCUGACAGAUUCUUCAGCUGUGUUAAAGAGGACUUUGGAAAGUGUGAUUUACUCAUCAUCCUCGGAACGUCUCUGUCAGUCCAGCCAUUUGCAAGUCUGACUGGACGAGUGCCGACAAAAACACCCCGCUUGUACAUCAACCUGGAUAAGGGAAACACAGAUGUCGAUCCCUUCAUGAUGCUGCUAAUGGGUGGUGGCUCCACGCUCAACUUCGAUGAGGAGGGCAACUAUCGGGAUGUCUUCAAGAAAGCCACAUGUGAUGAAGGCUGCUACAGCCUCUCGGAACUGGUUGGAUGGGGGAAGGAUCUACGGAAGACAGUGGAAAGUGAGCACAAGCGACUGGAUGCUGAGAUUGCCACAGAUAAACAAAAAACAAAUCCCACCAAGGGAGCAUCGAAGUAGUGCAGGUUAACUGCCACAUCUUGCAGGGGUUCUAGCUGCUUGGCUUAUCAGCAUCGGAAGAGUAUUACUCAAUCAUCUAGGUCAAGGUCAGUUCUGUAGCAUCGUUGACCUUUCAAAGUCUCAUUGUUGUUUGUCAAAUAUUGAAGUUUUCCAAUUCCUUCUUUGAUAACUUUCUACAGGAGCAGGAACUGCACACAGAAUGUACAUUCUCUUGCGAAGCUUUGUGUGGUACACUAUUUCUGUGUAUUGCGUGAAUAUGUUUAAAUGUUGAUUUAUCAGAGAAAAACAAGAGUUUUAUGUCAGUUUUUAUUGUCAGAUGUUUGUGCUUUUUGAAGAAAAAAAUAACACAAAUAUAUGAUCAUACAAAAUAAUGCUGUCCACAUAAUAAACAGAACUUAUGUUAUUGGCAUUUUGUGCAUCAUAGUGUAGGGAUCAAUCAUGCAGUCAUCAUCAUCAUCAUCAUCAUCAUCAUCAUCAUCAUUUUCCACCCAAUUUCAGCUGAUUCACUUAAAUAAUAGGGUGGCAGGGUGCCCCCCACACAUCAGCUUGAAACAAAAGCUAUCAUAAGUCAAUGUCAUUUGUAGCUUGCAAUGUUAAUGAAAAAUACUCUGUAGCAUCAAAUAAACAUGGCAGAUGGGUAUCCAGUGUUCUGGUGGUGUACCAUGAUGAUAUUCAGUGAUGAUGAUGAUGAUGAUGAUGAUGAUGAUGAUGAUGAUAUUCAGUGAUGAUGUGUGAAUAUGUUAAAGUACUAUGUUGUAUUAAAUAUGUAUGUGAUAGUCUAUCACAUUUACAGUCAAUUCUGCCUAUAACAAACAUGGACAAUGCAUUUUCGGACAUUUUUGUCUAUCAUAUGAAACAGCGGUAAUUAUGUUCUUCAUAAAGAAUCUUACUCACAUGUCAACCUGACUUGCAGAGUUGUGUCCCUUGGAUGUAUUGUGAUCCUGUUAUCAUAGGUUCGAUUCACCCUUAUGAUCAUUGGUAUGAUCACCAUACCAGUGCCGUGGGAUUCUCCAUACCAGUAGACAUCUGAGACCUGCAUCCUAAAGUCUGCCGACAUGCCGUGUUGUGACUGAAAUACUGUUCAAGUAACAUUGGACAAAACUCUCUCUCACUCACUCACUUAAACUAUACCCAGGUACAUCUUUGAAACUCCAGAAUCUAUCACCUUCAGAGUAUGACUAGUGCUUGACAAUCUGCAAACUGUAUUGUCCUCAAUAUUACUGAUAUCAAAUGACACAAAAUUCUUUUGGGUUGUAAGAGUGAGUGAGUAUGGUUUUACGCCACUUUUAGCAAUAUUCCAGCAAUAUCAUGACAGGGGACACCAGAAAUGAGCUUCACACAUUGUACCCAUGUCGGGAAUCGAACCCAGGUCUUCGGCGUGAAAACUCUAAAACAAUUCGACAACAUUUUGGCAAGUCUUGAUUUCUUCCAUUUUCUGAAGAUGAAGAGGUUCUCUGGGCUUCUAUUAGGGCUGGGACGGGUAACUCGGGUACCCUAGUCGGGUGGGUACAGAGUAGGACCCGGGUACCCAUAGGACUACACGGACUCGUGGUUAGUCACGUGAUGAAUUGUUUAAUGACUAAAAUUAUCUGGAACUCUAUCGUUACACUACAAGUCAUUAAUGUUCGCUUUUCGUUCUGACUCUGCACCCAUUCCUUCUAAUUUGUCAUACUGUUGAAUAAACAUUUAACUUAAGUUAACUUCAGUGUAUGCAUGACCAGAUUGUUUAAUACAGGUAUCUAAAUAUGUUUUGCCAGGGCUAUGCUAAAAAUAAUCCCAAUCGGACAUUUUGAGACAUCUCCUGAGACCUAGAGUGGGUACCCGGGUAGGGUCGGGUAAUAGGGGGCCGGGUACCUGGGUAGUAAAUUUGGACUCAUCCCAGCCCUAGCUUCUAUCUAUGAAAUAUUACAUUGCAAAAAUUGACCUGACCUCUUUCUUCAGAAAAGGCUAUGCUCACUACUAAGUGUGCUACUGCAAUACUGGUCUUUAAAUCCAUAACAUCUGAAAGCUGCUGCGCUGUGAUCGCUCUGAUGACCAAGGCCAAGGACACUUGAAGUCUUCAAAGACUAACUUGUCAGUUCUGUAGCAUCGUUGACCUUUCAAAGUCUCAUUGUUGUUUGUCAUUUGUUGAAGUUUUCAAGUUCCUCUUUACUUACUGGAGCUGGAACCAGCACAGAGUGUACAUUCUAUUGUGAAACUUUAUGUGGUAUACUGUUUCUGUGUAUUGUGUGAAUAUGUUCAAAUGUUGAUUUCACAGAGAAAAACAAGAAUUUGUUAUAUAUUUUAUGUCUGUUUUUAAUGUCCAGAGCUACAGAUAAGCUGCACAUUUGCGUAAAAUACCCCCCCAAAAAAAAUACAAAACCCAAUUACUUUCAAUUACCUUGCGUACAGAA